AUGGCAGAGUCCUCGAGUCCUCGUCUUGGUCUGAGAGGUGUCAGGGGAGGUGGUUUGGAGGCUUGCACCACUGGCCUCUGGUGCCACACUCUGGGCAACACUCUGGGGGCACGCGACGUCGGCCGUGAAAACAUUCCUCCACUAGGCAAAACAGAGUCCCGGCCGGAGCUUCCUAACUGGGGCCGGUAUUACGGGAACGCCGUCGACACUGUGGACAGGGACCUCCGAGACCUCCGCGACCUCCGCGACCUCCGCGACCUCCGCGACCUCCGCGUGUACUCCAUGGGAUGUGAGUUUGUGGUGGACAAAAGGUGA